AGUAGAGAGAAGUAAAAGGUGAGGCAGACGUCCUGUGUUACGGUCACAUCACAACGGUUUUACACAUAAAACGGGAAAUCCGUUUUGAUACCGUUGUGUUGUGAUCUCUGUAGAUCCAAGAUGAGCAAAUACAACGAAUAUAUCAAGGCCAUACUAACAGAAGUGGAAAGUUUUCUUGUGGAAAGCAUCAAGUCUGUGGCAUUAUCCAAAUCUGCAGAGAAACAGAAACAGUCUAUUCUAGACAAGUUGGAUGUUCUGAGAGUGGAGUACCCCAAUCUUUUGCCAGCCAAGCCAGGGCCAGUUAACCCCAAAACAACCACAGAUGAUGACUCUGGUAACACAGGAAGUAGUUUGGAGGAUGGAGAGGAAUCAGCAUACAGCGAAAAUAUCGCCAAUCUCUCUGCUGGGGAAGCAUUGGCUGGCUGCACAAGAAGUGGAAUGCUACUGAAGAAACGCAAAGCUGGAGAUCUCAGGUCCAAACUGAAUCCUUUCCAGAAGAGAUGGUGUAUUAUAAAACACAACAUAUUUUAUUACUAUGAAAAGUCAUCUGACAAACAGCAGAAAGGAGCAUUUUCUCUUGCAGGUUACCAGUUUCGAGAGGCACCAUAUUUGGUGAAGGAGGCAAAUAAAAAAGAUCUGAGUUUCCAGUUGUAUUGCUUGGGCAAUAGGACUUAUGAGUUCUUAGCAGCAAGUAAGCAGGACAUGGAAGAAUGGAAACAGGCUGUUGAGAGCAGUAUCAAGGAGAAAGCCAACACAACACCACCAGCUGUUCAAGACACAUCAUCACAUAUGGAGGAUCAUGAUGAAAUUUAUGAACCAAUAGAAGACCAUAUCAUUGAACCUAGUUCCAGUCCUUCAACAGGGUAUGAGCCUUCUUCUGACGAUUCAUUCAGACCCAGCUCUAUUUAUGAGGAAGCUGUCGGUAACACCACAUCCACCCCAAUAAAGCCUCCAGAAAUCGUCCCCAGGGAUAGACGCCCACCCCCUGCUGAGCCUAAACGUGAUCUCCCAGACAGCAAGAACUGGAAAAUCGGAGUGGCCAAUGAUUACAUGAACAUGUACUAUGGCAAGUGGGACUGUAAAGCUGAUGCAGACAAUGAACUGGCCUUCAAACAAGGGGACAUCAUCCAUGUACUGAGCAAAGAGUAUGAUGCUAAAUCUUGGUGGAUCGCUGAACUUAAAGGAAACAUUGGGCUGGUUCCUAAGAAGUACCUUGUUGAGGCAUAUGAGAGAGUUACUGAUUAAGAUGCUUGUCAUCCAGUGUUUUCUCAC